AUGCGAUCGUUAGAAGAGCUAUCUCCGGCGGAAAACCUAGAAAUCGAGAACGGCCUUUCUCUCGUCUCACGCGUCAAGCUCUGUCUCACAAUCCACUCUCUUAUCCCUACCGUAUCGAAGCCAAUCGACGAAUGGCAGCUCAAGCGAUCCUUGAUAGAUUUCCUCAAGAGCUCAAUCUUCCCUUCCGUGACAGUUCCCGAAGAAGAUAUCGUUGUUCGGCGUCACAGGGACUUGAAGAAACGGAAGCGGGAGGAGCCAGUAGCUCACGGAUCGCUAUUUAUCCGCGAUUUAGGGUUUCUCGAAGGUAAGAAGGGGAAGAAGAAGGUUGAUGGAGAGAGAGAUGUGAAGGAGUUGGAGAAGAAGUUUAUUGACUGGAGGAGAGUUUUGGUUGAGAAGAUGAAUGGAAUUGAGCUGAAUUUGGAAGGAGUCAAGUAUAAACUCAGUGUUGUGCUUCCGGUUUCAGAUGAUUUCGAGAGGGUGAAGAAAGAUUGGGAGGAGUUUUACGCUUUUGGUAAUCUGGGUUUCAUUGAUUUUGUUCAGCUUUGA